AUGGAUCGCUCUCGACACCGUGCAGGUAACGGCAAUGAGCAGGAGCCUUCCCGGGAGCACAGCCGAGGUGAGGAUGAGAGGCAGCGGCAGCUGGAGCGCCUCGACAGAGAGGAGGCCUAUUACCAGUUCAUUAACGAACUCAAUGAAGAGGACUACAGGUUAAUGAGAGACCGAAACCUGCUGGGCACUCCUGGUGAAAUAACAGCAGAAGAGUUGCAGCAACGCUUGGAGGGGGCUAAGGAGUGUUUGGCAUCACAGUCUGAUCUGGACAGCAGAGAACGUGAAAGUAGAACUGUGGGAGAUUCUGAUGUUCUUGGAGAAAACUCGAAUGGCGACUCCUUGCUUGAAUGGCUUAACACGUUUCGGCGCACAGGAAACGCCACUCGCAGUGGGCAGAGUGGGAACCAAACCUGGAGAGCUGUGAGUCGAACAAAUCCCAGCAGUGGGGAGUUCCGAUUUAGCCUUGAAAUCAAUAUAAAUCAUGAUCAUAACAGUUUUGAGACUGCUGGCGAGGAGUAUGUUGAUAUAGAUCCUACCACGCUGUAUUUAGAGAGAAGACGUCAACUAGCUGCCAGUUUAGUAACCCCACGGACAAGGAGCAUGGCUGCGAGAGAGGCGAGCAACGAGGCCGCAAGGACCAGGUUUUUAAGACAUGCUAUGGCAGUAAGGUCUGAAAUACUCUCCCGUGCAGUCUCGGGGAGGCUCCGGAGUAGAACGAGGGAGUUGACAAGGCUUUCCCAAAGAAAUAAUACUACACAGAAUAAUUCUGCAGCUGUUGAUGAACGAAGAGAAGUGCCAGAAAGAGGAGUCAGGAGAGGCAGAUCUAGAACUAAUGUUCGGAUGAAUGCAAACCAAAGACUAGAAAUUCUGCGGCUGAGGUCUACGCUAAGCAGUCGAAGCCGCUCUCCGCUGCAAAGGCAAGGUGAUACUGUGCGGUCAGAGGAGCGUGGUCAGAGACAGGAUAGAAAUGCACACCAGGUCAACAGAAGUAGGAGACAAACAGCUCAGGCUUCUCCACAGCCUGCUGAAGAACAAGCAAGAGGUAACACUCAGGCUCCUCAACAUUCUAGUGUAGACCCAUCCUUGGGAAUAACUUUGGAAGAGGAGGAAUCCAGUAGGCCAGUAGCUGCUGUCAGAAGGCAUCCAACAAUUACACUAGAUCUUCAGGUGAGAAGAAUUCGUCCUGGAGAAAACAGAGACCAGGACAGUAUUGCCAGUAGAACUCGUUCUAGAGUAGGAAUGUCAGAAAACACUGUUACCUUUGAAAGCGACAGUGGGGGAUUUCGGCGUACGAUAUCGCGAUCGGAACGCGCAGGUAUUCGCACCUACGUUAGCACUAUACGGAUACCUCUCCGUCGGAUUUCAGAAACUGGGCUUGGUGAACCUUCAUCAGUGGCUCUUCGGUCAAUCCUCAGACAGAUCAUGACAGGCUUUGGAGAACUGAGUUCUUUAAUGGAAACUGAAUCUAACUCAGAAGUGCAAAGAGGUGAUAAUAACUCAAGCUCAGCAAACAGCAGAGAUCCAAGCGAGGUUUCAUCCAGAAAUGCAGUAGAAGGCAGCAGGGGUAGAAGUAGACAGAGGGAUGAUACUCAACACUAUGGGCGCAGUCAUGAGAACCAGGAUGCCAACAACCUAGUGGAAAGUGGAACUCUGCCCAUACUUCGACUUGCACACUUCUUCCUACUGAAUGAAGAUGAUGACGACGAUCAUUUAAGAGGUUUAACCAAAGAGCAGAUUGACAAUCUUUCUACACGGAGCUAUGGGGAUCUUCACAGCGAAAAUGAAAGAAGCAGAACGUGUAGUGUUUGCAUUAAUGAAUAUGCAACAGGGAAUAAGCUAAGGCAGUUACCUUGUAUGCAUGAGUUUCAUAUUCAUUGUAUUGAUCGCUGGCUUUCUGAAAAUUCCACUUGCCCAAUUUGUCGGCAGCCUGUUCUGGGGUCUAAUGCCACAGACAAUGGCUAG